AUGGCGAAUACUUCUCCAUCUAUCGAAUUCUAUAAAUCAGAGGGAUGUCCUUAUUUGAAAGAGGUGGCUUGGCGAGACGAGUUCCUUCUGACGGAAGGAACCUACAACCAUCUGGUCACUAUAAUCAGCAUCAAUUCCAUCUCAGUUUUACCUACUGUGCUGUUGAAUGCUCUGGUGAUCUUUGCAGUAGCAACGAGGGAAAGGUUGCGAAAUAAAUCAACAAUCCUUUUGGCUUGCCUGGCCGGGGCGGAUCUCUUGACAGGGUUGGUUGGACAGCCGAUACGAAUCGCGGUAGAAGUGGAGCGAAUAUUAAAGAAGGGGACUUUCUGUGGAGCUUUGGAAAGAGUAAGCUUUGUAUCCGUUGGAUGCCACAUCUUCGCGACCUUAACUCAUCUUGUGUUAAUAACUAUUGAUAGGUGCAUUGCUGUUAAAAAACCAUUGAGGUAUCGAGAUAUUGUCACAACACGGCGAGUCAUCUGCGGUGUGCUUUCAGCGUGGGGUUUUACGAUAUAUGUAACAAUUCAAGAAAGCAUUCUUGCUGCAGUAAACAGAGCUUCAGACAUUUACAAUGUUUAUAAUAACGUAUCGUUCUCAAUGCUUACCACAUUCGGUUUAAUUUGCAUAGUUUUUAUCAUAGGAAUAUACUUGUACAUUUUCUCGGAAACCCGGCGUCAACAAAGAACACAGACUGAACAUUUAAGUGUAGAAGAAAUAAGAACAAUCAGGAAAAAUAACAAAGGGGCCAAAACCCUAGGAAUCAUCCUUGUUGUAUUAACUGCAACGUACUUGCCAGCAAUAAUAGUCAUUAUAUUGGGUUUUUCCGUAAGUCUAGAACGGCAUGUUUCAAACCGUUUUGCGGGCUGGGCGGCAACGUUAAUCAUGUUAGGUUCCCUGUGCAAUCCAGUUAUUUAUUGUUGGCGCAUGAAGAGAUUUCGCCGAGCAUUUUUGCAAAUUCUUCAUUUGGGAAAACAAGAAAAUAACCAGCCACAGGAAGCGAUACAGAUGCAAGUCAUUGAACAAGUCGUUUAA